GCGGUCUGGGUGUCCGCCCCCAGAGGUUGCCUAGCCGCUGGUGCCCGUGCCGCCGGAGCCUUUCUCACCUGCCUUGUGUACUUGUCGCCGCGGCUCCCUGCACUAUGGCAUUCGUCACCAGGCAGUUUAUGCGUUGCGUGUCCUCCUCCUCCACCGCCUCGGCCACGGCCAAGAAAAUCAUCGUCAAGCACGUGACGGUCAUCGGCGGCGGGCUUAUGGGCGCCGGCAUCGCCCAGGUUGCUGCAGCAGCUGGCCACACGGUAGUGCUAGUAGACCAAACAGACGACAUCCUGGCAAAAUCCAAAAAGGGAAUCGAGGAAAGCCUUAGGAAGGUGUCAAAGAAGAAGUUUGCAGAAAACCCUCAGGCUGGUGAUGAAUUUGUGGAGAAGACCCUGAGUAGCAUCUCAACCAGCACAGACGCAGCUGCCGUAGUCCACAGCACAGACCUGGUGGUAGAGGCUAUCGUAGAGAAUCUGAAGAUGAAGAAUGAGCUCUUCAAAAGGCUGGACAAGUUUGCUGCUGAACAUACAAUCUUUGCCAGCAACACUUCCUCUUUACAGAUCACCAGCAUAGCCAAUGCCACCACCAGACAAGACCGAUUUGCUGGCCUCCAUUUCUUCAAUCCAGUGCCCCUGAUGAAACUCGUGGAGGUCAUUAAAACACCGAUGACCAGCCAGAAGACAUUUGAAUCUCUGGUAGACUUCAGCAAGGCUCUGGGAAAGCAUCCUGUUUCUUGCAAGGACACUCCUGGGUUUAUUGUGAACCGUCUCCUGGUGCCGUAUCUCAUGGAGGCAAUCAGGCUGCAUGAACGAGGUGAUGCGUCCAAGGAAGACAUUGACAUCGCUAUGAAGUUAGGAGCUGGGUACCCCAUGGGGCCAUUUGAGCUUUUAGAUUAUGUUGGGCUGGAUACUACAAAGUUCAUCAUGGAUGGAUGGCAUGAAUUGGAUGCAAAGGACCCCCUGUUUCAGCCCAGCCCAUCCUUGAAUAAGCUGGUAGCAGAGAAGAAGUUUGGCAAGAAGACUGGAGAAGGUUUUUACAAAUACAAGUGAUACGCAGCUUGUCUGGCUCUGAGAAGAACCCCCGUGAGCGCUUACCAGCCAGCACAUCCAAAUGCCCACAGGAAUGCUCUUUGGUCAGACAUUCCCUCACACAGCACAGCCUGUUCGAUGUGCAUUUUGAUUGUAAUCUGUCUGAAGUAAUUAUUUACACUAGUCACAGUAGUAACAGAUCCUGCCAUUGAGAAUGAAUUCUCUUUUUAUAGUCUGUUCAUUUCUAUGUAUUUUCUACAAAGCUUUAUACCGUGGGUGCCUUAGAGCAAACCUUUCUUUUUAACCUUGUCACUUUUGUAAAGAAUUGCCUGAAUUCAUUCACUCAUGAAGGGGGAAGUCCAUCCUCUGUGAGUGAGACGCUGGUCAUUGGCGCCGCACAGGGGUGUUGUGAGCCAUUGGCACUGACGUGGUGUCUGUGAAGGGCUGCCACAGGCAGCACCCUAGCCUUGCCCUUCUGAGAGCAUUUUGCUGCUGCAGCUUCAGCCUUACCUACUUCUGGGCACAACAUAAGAUGUUAUGUCUUUAUUCAACUCAUCAUUAAGAUGCUGCUGCUGGAUUGGUGGGACUAUCUGCAAUGCUUGGUUUUCUGGAAGAGGUCUGUUUCCAUGGUCCUUCAGAUCCAUAAAUCUUAAUGAUUACUAUCUUUUUCCCCCCAUGAGAAAUCAGUGUUGCAAACAGCCUAUAAAUUGAUUCAUGAAAUAUAAUCUCUUAGUCUGUGAAAAUUCGACUUGAAAUAAAAAUGUAUAAUUUAAAAUUCUAA